ACUAAAAAGAAGGUAUCCCUAUAAUAUAUAUAUGUGUGUGUGUGUGUGUGUGUGUGUGUAUGUAUAUGUAUUUAUGCAUAUCAAUCUCUAUUCUCGAUCUACUCGUUAAUUGUUUCUGCUAUAUACAUAUCGAUAGGGACGGAGAGCCAAUCCUGCUGCUUCAGAUUACCAGCAAGAGAUAUUGGUGCAGGGGCGAAGGGAAGGCAAUUGGAAAGAUGGAUGGUUUUGGAUCGGGAGAAGAGACUAGGGUGGUGGUUGUGUUCGACUUUGACAAGACGAUCCUUGACUGCGACAGCGACAACUGGGUUGUCGAUCAGUUCGGCCUCUCCGAUACCUUCCGUCAGCUUCUCCUUACUGGCACUCCCUGGAACACCCUCAUGGAUCAAAUGAUGAGUGAAAUUCACUCACUUGGUAAAUCAAUUGGGGACAUUGCUGACUGCUUAAGAAAGGCUCUUCUGCAUCCCCGCAUUGCCUCUGCCAUUAGGUCAGCUCAUUCUGCUGGGUGCGAUCUGAGGAUACUGAGUGACGCGAAUAUGUUCUUUAUCAAGACAAUAUUGGAGCAUAAUGGGCUGAUGGACUGCUUCUCCAUGAUCUACACGAACCCGAGCUUUAUCAAUGAGAGUGGGAGGCUCCGAAUUUUACCCUACCACGAUUUCAAUAAGUCCAUCCAUGGCUGCAACACCUGCCCUCCGAACAUGUGCAAGGGUCUGAUAAUGGAGAAGCUGAUGGCCUCGUCUUCCACCAAGGGUGAAGAAUUAGGGAACCGGUUCAUCUACGUCGGGGAUGGAUCCGCCGAUUUCUGUGCCGGUUUGGCUCUUAGAGCCAAGGAUACUUUGAUGCCAAGGAAGGACUUUCCGGUAUGGGAGCUCGUUUGCAAGAACCAGAAGCUUAUAAAGGCAGAGGUCCAUGAAUGGAGUGAUGGAGAAGGGCUUGAGGCUGUCCUGUUGAGCUCAAUUAAGAGAGCCCUGAUCAGUUACUGCCAACAUGAAAAUGGCAAUUUUGAUGAGCCCUCUGCCUAUUGAGAAUUGGCGGUUGAGAGUGCAAAGUUCCUCCACAGUGAAAAUAUACAUACAAAUAGCCAUAAAAAGUGGAAUGAUCAUAUGGAAAUGUUUCGAGUGACUGUCACAAAGUGUUGACUUCCCAUUCCAUUGAUGAUCGCAUUUGAGGUUUCACAAUUGUAAAUGAGAAGUAAUAUAUGUUAC